AUGACGAAUCAUUGCGGCAGACCCCCCAAGCACCAUGCUGGGCCUGGGCUCGGCCAUAAGGGUCCAAUGACUCAAAACCCGGUUGUGCAAAGCCCCACAGCUCAUCUUGAAAAUAUUUUGAAAGAAGAAAACCUAGCCACUAACCAAACUUCAGACACAGCAGCUCCCAGAAAAAAUUUCCUAGUCACCAAACCAUCUUUUGAUACACCAGCUCUUCUUAAGAAAUUUUCAGCCACCAACUCAACUUUUGAUGAACCAGCUCCCCUUGGCUCAACUUCUGACACACCAGCUCUCCAAAAAAUGUCCCAGUCACAUCCACCAGCUCUGCUAGAGAAAUUCUCAGCCAGCAACCCAAUUUCUGAUGAGCCAGCUUCCCUCAGAGCUCCCCUCAGCUUAGAUUCUGAAACACCAGCUCCCAACAAAAAUAUCCUAGACAGCAACCCACCCUUUGAUCCACCAGCUCCACUCAAGAAACUUUCAGCCACCAACCCAAUGUCUGAUGAUCCAGCUUGUCUUGGCUCAACUUCUGACGCACCAGCUCCCAGCAAAAAUGUCCUAGUCACUGACCCAAAUUUUGAUUCACCAGCUCCACUCAAGAAAUUCUCAGCCACUGACCCAAUGUCAGAUGAACCAGCUCCCCUUGAAAAUGUUACAAACCCAGAGCUAUAACCCAAGUGUCUUGAAUAACAGCCAGACCAAACUCCAAUUCUAGUUCCACUAGGUGGCAUUUUCAAUGCUGAGCCUUCCACUCAGUCAAAUAUGCCUCAGUCAACUGCUGAAAUAACAAAGGAUUAUCUACCACCUAUAACUAACUUAUCUGGACCCUCAGCCCAUCAAACCACAUUCUUGGACUCAAUAGCAGCAUAUAUCAACCAUUCCUGAUGAAACACUUUUCAACUCACCCCCACUAUAUGAAAUGCCUCAUCAAUCAAAGUAUGCAAAAGUUAAUCCUCUAGAGCCUCAAACUGUUAAUCCUCUUGAUAUAUUCUUUCCAGCUGCAAAUCACUCAUCUCUCCCAGUGGAUGAAAUCUUACUUGGUGACAACAAAUCAAAUCCUUCCAACACUCCAAAAUCACUAUCACUAAGAUUUAAAAAAUCAAAAGGAGUGGCCAAAAAUACUAGCAAACCACUGGAUGUCAAUCCAUUGAUCCAUUCCAAGACCCAACAACCCUUGACAUUUCCAUCAAACAAUAUGUUGUCCAACAAGAAACUGAUUUCCCAUAAAAAACAACAUGCCAAAGAUACUAGCAAAGAUCAUAGUCAGCAAGCAUCAGGUACACAUCCAAGAGAUCCCGGGGAGGGAUCAGUUGAUGAUAACUGCUUGGAAAAAU